AUGGCGUUGGGACCAUGGGGUAGUGACCGCGAAUGUCUUGAGGGCAUUGCGUGGGCUACUGGUUGUGUGCGUUGUGUUGAUAGAUGUAUUGCUAGUACUGAUUCUGUGAUGUCAUUAGAGACAUUGUGUGAUGCUUUGUUUAGCCGAGGCUUUGUGAUCUUGAGUUUGAAAAGUGAGAAUAACUUGAUACGCUGCUCGGUUUCCGGUCGGUUGGUUGGACCGGAGGGUGCGGGUGUCACAGCUAUGCUUCACAAAGCUAUUCUUGCUGAACAACAAAUUAAGAGGAGGACACCAGCUCGACAUGGAGCUGAUCAGCGCCGGCCUGUUUAUGCCAGAGAUUCCAGACCGGUUUUCACACCAAAGUCUGAGCCAAGAGGAGUUCCUUACAAUCAGGACAAGGACAAGAACAAGGCCAGCACAACCUCUGCUCCCAGAGCCCGCGAACUUAAGUGUUUCAGGUGCCAAGGCUUUAGACACUAUGCCAAUGAAUGCCACAACAAGAAGAUCAUGUUCAUAAGAGACAAUGGAGAAGUGGAGUCUGAGGAAGAAGUUCUAGACCACAAACCAGAGCCAGAGCCAGAAGAGUAUGAAGCUGUGCCAGUCAUGGGCAAGAUUCUGGUAGCCAGAAGACUCUUGAGCGCUCAAGUCCAAACACACAAGGAAGAGCAAAGAGAGAACCUCUUCCACUCUCGCUGCCUUGUCCAGGAGAAGGUUUGCAGCCUAAUCAUUGAUUGA